CCAACUAACCCCAUUUAGGUGAUAAAUUCUCUCUCUAUACAUAUCCACCAUCGCUGGAGAGUGAAGAGUGAAGACACCCUCAAAGAUCAAAGAUCAGGACAACUCUAUCAGUCUUGACAAAAGACAACAAACACCAUGGCCACCAUUAUUCUUGCCGUUUCAAGAACUACAUGUCCCGUCUACCUGUUUCUCUUCCUCAUGGUAGUGGUGUUACUGCCAUCACCUAGCCUUUCUGCCGACUCUGAUCCUCUGCAAGAUUUCUGCGUUGCAGACUUGAACGGAAAGCCAUCUCUGAAUGGGUUCCCCUGCAAACCUGCAUCUGAGGUCAGUUCGGACGACUUCUUCUUUAGUGGCUUCACUCAGGAGGGAGACACAAACAACCGCUUCGGAGUGAACGUGACGGGUGGCAACGUCCUCGCCUUCCCGGCGCUCAACACCCUCGGACUUUCCAUGAACCGCGUCGACUUUGCGCCUGGUGGAAUCAAUCCUCCUCACUCUCAUCCGCGCGCAACCGAGGCUGGGGUGGUUAUUAAGGGGAAGCUGCUUGUUGGGUUUGUCACUACUGCAAAUGUUUUCUACUCCAAGGUCUUGACAGAGGGAGAGAUGUUUGUGAUUCCCAGAGGGCUCAUGCACUUUCAGAUCAACGUCGGCGACGGAAAAGCCCUGGCUUUCACAACCUUCAACAGUCAGCUGCCCGGGGCUGUUAUCUUCUCCAGCACUCUUUUUGCUACAAGGCCCACCAUUCCCAAUCAAGUGUUGACUAAGGCGUUCCAAGUAGAUGAUGAUAUCAUCAAUACAUUAAAAUCCAAGCUUAGUUAGUAAUUUAAUGUUACUCUUGAAUAAAGUCAACAAUUGUUACCAGUGACUGACUCACUAGGUAAGGAUCGUUGGCUCUGUCUUUCUCCCUCCGAUGAGGGGUUAUCUUAUGACUCAAUACCCAACUAUUAUACACAUUUGUUGUUUCUUCUUAUGUAAUACUGAUUAAUUUAAAUAAAACAUGGUUCUUGCUAUGUGGAAUCAAAAUUAAA